CAUUCUCCUUAGUUUCCGAAACUCCCCUUGCCGGGUCUCCAAGGGGCCAAGAAAGUACUGCUUUCUGGCUUCGUGGAGUCUCAUCAUUCUCUGUUUUUAACGCUUACUUCAUCCACAGGCAAACUCAAAUCCAAACCUAACCCUAAAAAUGAAUACCACGGAACUAAAACGUGUGUUCCAAAUGUUCGACAAGGACGGAGACGGACGGAUCACUAAGAAGGAGCUAAACGAUUCAUUGAAAAACCUCGGGAUCAUAAUACCAGAGAAGGAGCUCGGGCAGAUGAUCGACAAGAUCGAUGUGAACGGCGAUGGUUGUGUCGACAUUGAAGAGUUUGGAGAGCUUUACAAGACGAUAAUGGUGGAAGACGAGGACGAGAUAGGAGAAGAAGAUAUGAAGGAAGCGUUCAACGUUUUCGAUAGGAAUGGAGAUGGGUUUAUCACAGUGGAUGAACUGAAAGCGGUUUUGUCUUCCUUGGGACUCAAACAAGGUAAGACCUUGGAGGAAUGUAGGAAGAUGAUAAUACAAGUGGAUGUUGAUGGUGAUGGUAGAGUUGAUUACAAGGAGUUUAGACAAAUGAUGAAGAAGGGUCGGUUUUUUAGCUCUUUGAGCUGAUAAUUAAUGAUUUUUUUUUCUUACUUUUGUUUAUUUUAUUUUUCUGAUUAACCAUUUUUCUCUCGCAUUCUAGAAGGAAAAAUCACAUGAUUGGUAAAUGAAGUGUUUAAUAGUCUAAGAUUUGCGAGAGCACAUUGUAAAAAUUGUAGACCUGUUUGUUUAUUAA